UCCCUUAUUUAUUUUUCAGGGAGUUGGCAACCCUAAUCGUGAUCCAUAAAUGCCAAAAAAAAAAAGAAAUCUUUCCGUUAUGGAGCAGGAUAUUCCUGAAAUUAUUUUACAAUCGGCUUAUCAGUAGUGUUUUACCGUUUUAUUGCUCUGAUUGUAUGAAAAUAAGACGAUAGCACUGCCAACAAAGCAAACCUGGCAUUUCCGCAACUACUGUUUCGUCUUUCAUUCAGACAUUGUCAGUUUACAAUUUCACAUGACAGUGUUUUCCCAAAAGACGCUUGUCGGCAGCCACGGUGGCACGCGUUUGUGGUUGUAGUUUCAAUAUCCUGAAUGAGUUUUUGACUGUUCUUUACUUCCUUUCGAUCCUUCCGUGGAUUUCACAGAGAGGUGGUGUAGAUGGAACCUGAAAAUUUCCAGCGUGUUUAAAGACGCACUGUAAGAAAAGCCAGGCUUAGAGCUGGAUGUUGGACUAUAUUACUCAUUAACACAGAGCAUCCAUCAGUAUGAGGACUGGAUUUCACUACUGUAUUGUUAUUACUUUGUUGUUACGAAUUACAUUCCGUUCAGCAACACUUUUUAAUAAUAUAGUACAUUUUAAUAUUUGAUUACUUUGAUUAAUGCAAGUAUUAGUGUUUGAUUUGCUUAGCAAACAGUAUAUUAUGCCUUAUGUUGAAAAUAAGACUAAUAUGAUCAGAAUUAAUCACGGCUGACUGAACUACUGUCCUUGUGUCUGAAUGCAGGGUAAAAAAAUUUGUCAGUAACACCACCUUAUGACAAGGAUCGAAGAACUUAAAAACAAUAUGAUCGCUGGCUUUGAUCAGUUGUUUUUGUGCUCUAUUGUUGACAAAGACAAAGAGCAGUAGUUUUUAUAUAGAGCUUAUAUAGAUUCAAGGACUCAUUGCACACACUGGAAGGUCAUUAGUGUCACCUUGUCGUGCAUCCACGUGAGUACAGUCAGAAAAAAACUCAUGAAAAACUCAUCUAUGAAGUAUGAGACACUUGGCUUUACAUUAAAGUGGCAUUCAGUAGGUGGGGUUCCCUAAGAGUCUCAAGUGUGGGCAAAAAUGAUCAUGGUUCACAGUAAUUUCUAUUGUGUGUAACUGUUUCCUCCAUUUAUCCAUUUAGCCAAAAAUGGCUCGUUACUUUUGGUAACGAGCCAUUUUUGUAAAUGUAAGGUGCAGAAAGUACAGAUACUUGUCUAAAAAUGUAGGGAAUAAAAGUAAAAAGUUGUCACAAAAAUACAUACUCGACUAAAGUACAGAUACCUGAAAAUUUGACUCACCAUCUCGGCUAACUACACAUUUAAGAUACACUUCACCAAAAUAAAACCAGAAUAUCAAAUCUAAAUGUAAGCGUUUAAUUUUAUCUCUAUACAGGUUACAGUUUGGAAGCUUGCUUGUUCUGCUAUCUUUCUGUAAUGGUUAAUCCACCAGUAUGUACAAGCUCUUUAAUUGAAAUGACUUUUUUAUUUUUUCAAAUUUUCUGUGUAAUAAAGAAACAGAAAAAAUGAUAGUAGCCCAUGCUCAAAGAAAUGUGGAUAUAAACAUCUUCAAAUUAAAGCUGAAUCUCAUACCAGCAGUGCACUGGCAUGUGACUUAACACAACAUAAAUGUGCCACUGUGCUAAUCCCUCCUGACUGCACUGUGUAAACUGACCAUCCUCAGGUCUGCCAGUAUUGUAAUGCCAGAGACAGAUGACAUAAUACAAAGUGAUUGCACAUUGGUAAAUCCAAUUUAGGAACCAGAAACACUCAACCUUAAUAACUGGUCUACAAGCAGUGUGUUACCGUCACUUCAUCUUUCAGUGCUCAGGGACACUUCCCCUCUGUGUCACAGCAUGGCAGCUGUGCACAUUCAGUAUUCCUCUCAAUGAACUUUAACUCGUCUGACGCAUUUAUGUAUGUGUGAGUGUCAUGUGCCUAUACUUAGCAAUAAAACCAAGUUGCUCUUGUAGUUCGUCCUUACAUUUACAUGCUAUGCUUUUAUGCGAUCUCACAUGGAAGUAGGAGUUUUAAAUGAAAAGUAAAACGCAUCCUUGGUGUUAAAACCACUAGAGAAGAAGGCCGAACCCCGACAUUUGCAGCUGGGUAUGUAAUUGUUGACUGAAAUCAGAGCCUACUCAUAUACUGCUCAUUAUAUUUAAACCUCUGGUAAAUCAGCCAGCAGUAAUAGGAAGUAAUCUCCAGUUUAGGAUCAGCGGGCGAGCUUGGUUAUGAUCACCAUUUAGGAAGUUCCUGCUGGGUGGGAGGGCCUAGUAAGGUAAGCUGCCAUGGUGUUAAGAGAGUGCACACACAAGAAGAAUUGUUUGCUCUUCCCUUCAGCUGUUGAGAGCCACACAAGCCUGAAGGAAGAGGGAAGAGUUUCACUGGGAGCAACAUGAAUUCUCAGGAUGAACUUUCUCAUGAGUGGGCGGACAGCCUCGACAAGGCCAGGGUCAAUGAUUGCACCCCAACGGGGAAAGAAAGAAACAGCUUGCGAGAAUACGCGCACUGCCUGCCUCUGGGAGAUGGUGAUGACACCUUGGAGCCAUCAGCCAUCGACACCGCGCGGCUCUUUCCGCUCAUGGAGACCAGGCUGUACAAACGGCGGUGGGUGAUGCUCUUCAUCUUCAGCGCCUACUCCAUGAGCAACGCCUUCAUGUGGCUGCAGUACGGCAUCAUCAGCAACAUCUUCAUGCGCUUCUACAGCAUCGGCACCCUGGCCAUUGACUGGCUCUCCAUGAUCUACUUUCUCACCUACAUCCCUCUCAUCCUACCCGUCAUGUGGCUCCUCGACAAUCGGGGAAUCAGAGAUGUUGUGGUGGUGGGGUCCGCCUACAACUGCAUCGGGGCCUGGAUCAAGACGGGUUCGGCGGACCCCAGCAUGUUUGCUUUGACCUUCUUUGGACAGUUCGUGUGCUCGGUGGCCACGGUUUAUAUCCUGGGCAUCCCUUCCAGACUUGCAUCUCUGUGGUUCGGGCAGCAGGAAGUGUCCACCGCCUGUUCCAUUGGGGUUCUGGGAAACCAGUUGGGUAUUGCCAUUGGGUUCCUGGUUCCACCCAUCCUCGUGCCUAACGUGGAUGACAUGGACGAGCUGGCACAUCAUAUCAGUAUCAUGUUCUACAUUAGCGCAGGCAUGGCCACCGCCAUCUUGGUCCUUGUGGUCAUCGUGUUUCAGGAGAAACCUGAGAUCCCACCCAGCCAGGCCCAGGCACAGGCCAGGAACAUGCAGCCUGAUGAGUACUCCUACACAGCCUCCAUCUUGAGUCUGCUGCGCAACAAGCCCUUCAUGCUCCUGGUGGUCAGCUAUGGCUUGAACGUUGGCUGCUUCUAUGCUAUUUCCACACUGUUGAACCGGAUGAUCAUUGAGCACUAUCCUGGUGAAGAGGUGAAUGCUGGGAGAAUCGGUCUGACCAUUGUCAUUGCUGGCAUGGCGGGCUCUCUCAUAUGUGGCAUAUGGCUGGACAAGACCAAAACCUACAAACAGACCACCUUGGCCGUGUAUAUCCUUUCUCUAACUGGGAUGCUGGCCUACACCUUCACCCUCAACUUGGGUCACCUGUGGGUGGUGUUCAUUACAGCUGGAGUUUUAGGUUUCUUUAUGACAGGAUACCUGCCUCUGGGUUUCGAGUACGCAGUAGAGCUCACCUACCCAGAAUCAGAGGGGACCUCGUCCGGACUGCUUAACUGUUCAGCUCAGAUCUUUGGAAUCAUUUUCACCAUAGCUCAGGGAAAGAUCAUGGAUUACUGGGGAACUUUAGCUGGAAACAUAUUCUUGUGCAUCUUUCUGCUAAUAGGAACAGUGGUGACAGGAUUUAUCAAAUCCGACCUCCGACGGCAGAAGGCCAACCAACAGGUUGAGGUGCAGACAGUGAGUCCUGCAGGCUCCCUGUCAUCGGUGCAGGACUACGGGGCCACGUCGUGCGGCAGCCCCUGGCAACGGCAGUCUUGACAUUAACCCACAAGCUCACAAACACCAAAACACACACCUGCCAAGGUAGGGUGAAAAAAGGGUUUUAACGAUUGUGUACACGAUCAUGUUUGCAUUUACUUGAAGGUGUUACCGGUUAAACUGCAGCGCAUUGUACUCGACUGCACAAUCAGCCCUUUAAAUCGCACAAACAGACUCGGUGUCAUUGUGGAAUUAAACGUUUAUCCGGUGAUUGCAACUCAUCUGAAGUUCAUUGUGAAAAGACACGUGAUGAGGUGUACUGAAUGUGAAGAGAUGUGUGUUGCUGAUAUAAUAUUGAUGUUGAACUCUGCUGCCACUUCACUCAUUUUACUGCAUCACGUCUGUCCUUUGCAGACAAUUACUGCUGAUCUGGAAAGAGGAAUCUCUCCACCUGAAAUCUUGAAAGAGGUGAGGUUGUGAGGAAGACAGAUAUUUCUCUGUCCAAGAUCUCAGAAUAUCACCGUGUACAGAUUAAAAACAAAUAAGACACAUUAAAAAACAACAACAAAAACUGACAUAUCGAGACGCACAAUCAUGCACAAACGACUGAGGAGCUGAAAGCUGUGAACUGUAAGAACAUGGAGGCUGAAUCACAGAGAACAGUGUUGCUUUACGGAGUUCUGUUUGGACUCUGUGAUGCAGAAAUCCACAUUGGUAUUACACCCCAAAGCACCAUGGGGGAAUGCACUUUCAAGGUUUUUACAUCAUGGGAUGAUGGCAUUUUACAUGUCUUGUUAGGUGCAAUGUAUCUGCCACUUUAGUGACUCCAACCUUCAAUCUAACUGAAUGCCUUUCCUAGUUUUCUUCUGACCGGUGUUAAUGUAGUGUUUUAUGCAUUUGACUGGCAAUAUUGAAAGUUUUCUAAUAUAUGACCAACAUUGUGUGUGAUUGAACUCUCUCUUUACAUUGAUGAAGGUGUCUCAUGUUAGUGUUCUGUGUUUAGAAUAUGUGUAUUCAAUGCAGAUUAAGGACUACGACGUGUUUACCUGUCAGGCAGCCAAGUCACCUUUCGCCUAAUUGAGGCUUUCGUAUCUGUCGUCUGCCGUUCAGGAUGACAGUAUUACUUGUGAAUACUGCUGAUGCAAUGUAUCUGAGUUCGCUUUGAGGGGGGGGCGGUCAAUAUUGGCCCCAUUUUACUGUGAUUGACUUCUUUAAAAAGACACAAGAGGCGAGAAUGUCCGGAACGCAAAGGAUGUCAGCACAGCGGAAAAUAAGAACAACACAAUGGGAGAUUGCGACUAAUCAGAUCUACUGCCCUUGUCAUUUUGCACACUUUUUAUGUGUACUUUUUACUUUUGGUACUGUAGAAUUAUACAAACAGGCGACAAAUCGAAGGGAAAUCCAUCAGAAAUAUGUCUUGGGUGUUGGGCCAAUACAUGCCAGAGUCGGAGUAAUGCAGCUCAGUUCUUGUGGAAAAUAUUACCUAAUUUUGUGUGAAUAAUUGUAGUGGCAAGCAAACAUAAGAUGGCCAAAAUCUCCUCUUUAUGGUCAAUGUGGUUAAAUUCUGAUGACUUUAAAGGCUUGACACAUCUUAUUUUUUAUAGUCAUUAAGUGUCCCAAGUGUCCAACAGAUGUGGCCUGAUCUGAGCACCACUUUGCACAGUUGUGCACCGAUCCUGAGUGGACCUAAACAGUGCCAAUCAAAUGCCCUCCACCUGUUAGAGCCCAGGGUCAAAGGCUCAAGUGGUUUAGUGUUUUCCUUCGUUUUGUUUCCUGUGUGUAUUUUAUGCUGUGUAACCAGUAGUUGUACAAAUUUUUACUUCAGGUAUUUUUAGGAAGUUGUCUCGAAAUGUUGAUAUUUAAUUAGGACUUUUAUGUGUCUGUGAGAGGUUCUAGUUAAUCUUAGUCUUAGGCACUUUAAAGUGCUGUGAAUUUUCCACACCCUUAGAGUUUUUGCUAUUUUGGCAUGAUGUGUAGUUGAUCCAGUCAAUAAGGAAAAAAUGAAACUGCAAUACAAACUAUGGGAUUUUGAACACUGUACCAAAAACAGAAACUAAAUUAAGAACAAAUCUAUAUAUUUAUAGAUAAAUAAGCCCUAGCUAAAUGUGUCUGUGUAUUUUUGUAUUUCACCACAAUGUGGCCAUGUUUAAAUCAGGAGAUUUAUGCUUUCUUUAACCCAAAUAUGAGAACAGAACAAAACUGGGAUUUCAGUCUUUAGC